CCGCGCACGGCUCUCAUCUCCUCCUCCCGUCAGGUGCGGGGGGCGCGAGCGUAGCAUGUGUCGAAUAGAUUGCGAGCGUCGCGUUUCCAGCUGAGCGCGUACUCUCUCCCGGCGCGUGUGCGUGCGUGUGUAUGUUGUUAUUAUUAUCGCACUCUCCGCUGCGCGCAGAAUGGCUAGAUUCACCCAGACUGAAGCGAGGAGGCAGCAGCAUCCUCAGCCUGCCCACGCCAGCCUGCUCCUCUCUGGACCGGGGGCGGUACCGAGCCAGGCAGCGGCACCACUGCUCCUCAUCCCGCACCAGCCCCAGUACGCGCACAUCACCUUCCCCAAACCCAUGAACGGCUCAGAGCCCAUCUCCAUCCACCCCGACAACGGCACCAUGAAAGACCAGGAUGCCAUCAAGCUCUUUAUAGGACAGAUCCCGCGCAACCUGGAGGAGAAGGACCUCAAACCUCUUUUCGAACAGUUUGGAAAGAUCCACGAACUGACUGUCCUCAAGGACCGUUAUACAGGCAUGCACAAAGGCUGCGCGUUCCUCACCUACUGCGCUCGUGAAUCAGCCAUCAAAGCCCAGAAUGCAUUGCAUGAACAGAAGACUUUACCAGGGAUGACACGGCCUAUUCAGGUGAAGCCAGCUGACAGCGAGAGUCGAGGAGAGGACAGGAAGCUGUUUGUGGGCAUGUUGAAUAAGCAGCAGACAGAAGAGGACGUGUACCGCCUAUUUGAGCCCUACGGAGUGAUUGAAGAGUGCACCGUAUUACGAGGCCCUGAUGGAAACAGUAAAGGUUGUGCCUUUGUAAAGUUUUCAACACACACCGAGGCUCAGUCUGCCAUCGGUGGGCUGCACGGGAGUCAGACCAUGCCUGGAGCUUCGUCGAGUUUGGUGGUAAAGUUCGCUGACACUGAUAAAGAGAGGACCAUACGCCGCAUGCAACAGAUGGUCGGCCAGUUUGGCAUCUUCAACCCCACCGUGGCCCUGCCGUUCAGCACCUACAGCAGCACCUACAGUACUUACACACACGCGCUGAUGCAGCAGCAGGCGGCGAUCAUGGCGGCUUCUCACGGCGGUUAUUUAGCGCCCAGCGUGGCGUUUCCAGCGACACAGAUCCACCAGGUGGGGGCGCUCAACAUGAACGGCCUGCCGCCCACCCCGAUGACACCUGUGUCAGGCUUGAGCUCUCCGCCGGCUAAUCUGGCCUCCUCUGGCAUGCCGAGCAUUGUGACUCCCAUUAUUAACGGAUUCAGUGGAAUCCAUCACCAAGCCAACGGUCAUCCGGUAGAGGCCAUGUACACCAACGGCCUGCCGCCGUACUCCACCCAGAGCCCCAGCGCAGCCGACACGCUCCAGCAGGCCUUCACGGGCGUCCAGCAAUACACAGCCAUAUAUCCUGCCACAACACUGACUCCUAUAGGUCAGACACUGCCACAGCCUGCUCAAAUCAUCCAGCAGCAGCAGCAGCGUGAAGGUGAUGGUCCCGAGGGCUGCAACUUGUUUAUCUAUCACCUCCCGCAGGAGUUUGGUGAUAACGAGCUAAUGCAGAUGUUUCUUCCGUUCGGAUCCGUCAUCUCCUCAAAGGUGUUCAUGGACCGAGCCACCAAUCAGAGCAAAUGUUUCGGCUUUGUGAGCUUCGAUAACCCUGCCAGCGCUCAGGCUGCCAUCCAGGCCAUGAACGGCUUCCAGAUCGGCAUGAAACGCUUGAAAGUGCAGCUGAAACGGCCGAAGGACGCCAGCCGUCCAUACUGACCACAGCCAGGGAUGCAUACGUGCACUCUCAGCCAUUAGGAGAGGUUUUGAACAGUUGUAGUCUUGAUGUUUUGAUGGAUGGAAACUUUUCUUGAAAAACUAACACACGUAAAAAAAAAAAGACUAAACAAAAAAAACACCACAAAAAAAAACACACGAAGAAGCAAACAAAGUGGAAAAACAAGUGCAUAAGGGAGUGAAGCAUAUCGCAUUUAACGAAAGCGUGUGUUUCGUGACGAGGGGACGACAGCGACGGCGGAGACGAGGAUGAAAACAAAUGAACUGAAAACUUUUUUCUCUUUUGAAAAACGCUAUAUACCGAACACUUUGGAAGAGCAGUGCAUGGCUGGGACUGGUAGAGUUCGCUAAAGCUAAACACGGAUCCAUGCACAUAUCAAAAGACAACCGUAGCUUUUACUCGCGUGGAAUAAUGAGGGUUUAUGUGUAUGUGUAUAUGCCA